AAAAAGGACUGUACCCUGGCUCUUAUGUUGAGAAAUAAAAAAGCCACGCACCCAUUGCAAGUCUGACAACUUUCAUCUUCAACCGGGAUCAUCUCUUGGAUAGAACAUAUCAUGUAAAGGCAGGUUUCCUCUGCGUUUUCCGACUUGGAUUAAGUUCUGCAUGGAAACAAAUGAUAUUUGAACCCGCAAAGAGGAGCGGAGAGAGGGGAGGUGGGUGUCGGGUACAAGUCUCUGUGUUUUUGCUCUUGUUCUUUUAUGCAUGGAUGUCGGAUCAGUUUGAUUGUGACAAAAGUGGGAAAUCAUUGUUUUUGUCGCUGCUGCUGCGUGAAAUAAAUGUCAUUCAAGUUUCAGAGAGAUCUUAAAGGUUUAAUCCGGGGAUAAAAGCAAGUAUUUGAGGUAACUUUGCAGUGAAAAGCAGACAGAACCAAAGAAAAGGCACAAAAUAAGAUUAGUAACAGUGAAGUCAUGGCGUUGAAGGCCAGGGUGUUGUACGACUUCAGCUCUGAGAAUCCAGGAGAGAUCUCCAUAACAGAGAAUGAGCUGGUGACUCUGUUCAGUGAGGAGGAGCUGGAGGGUUGGCUGGAGGGGGAGAACAGCAAGGGGGAGGCUGGCCUCUUCCCUGCCUCCUAUGUGGAGAUCGUCAAGGACCACAUCACCUCUAACACCAACAACAACGGUUUCUCCUCGCCCAAAACCAAAAUGAGCCCCACCCACACCUCAUACGCCCCCCCCGAAUCCCAGUCUCAGAGAGGGCUCGGGGCAGGUAGCGUUGGCAGUGGAGGAGGCAGCUUCCACACCAGCCAAGGCAGUGAUGACGAUUGGGAUGAUGACUGGGAUGACAGCUCCCCUGCGACCAAUGCGCCCCCAGGUCUGGGCACCACACCCCCCCUGUACCCAGUGACAACAUCCUUGCCUGGGCGGCGUGGCAGCGCCCCACCACAUCAGCAGCAGGCCAAGAGCUCAGCCACGGUGGGGAGGAACCUCAACAGGUUCUCCACCUUUGUCAAGUCCGGAGGGGAAGCCUUCCUGCUCGGGGAGGCCUCUGCCUUUGUGAAGGAUGGGGACAGGAUCUGCGUGGUGAUGGGGAAGCACGGGCCCGAAUGGCAGGAAGACCCGUACCCGUUCACGUGCACCAUUGAUGACCCCACCAAGCAGACCAAGUUCAAAGGCAUGAAGAGCUACAUGUCCUACGGCCUGACCCCAAUGCACACCAAUGUACAAGUCAACCGCAGGUACAAACACUUCGACUGGCUCUACGCCCGGCUCGUGGAGCGUUUCCCUGUCAUCUCUGUGCCACAUCUUCCUGAGAAGCAGGCCACCGGCCGCUUUGAGGAGGACUUCAUCUCCAAGCGGAGGAAGGGCCUGAUCUGGUGGAUGAACCAUAUGACCAGCCACCCUGUGCUGGCACGGUGCGAUGUUUUCCAGCAUUUCCUAACAUGCGGGGCGGAUGAGAAGGCCUGGAAACUGGGCAAGAGGAAAGCAGAGAGGGAUGAACUGGUUGGAGGCAAUUUCUUCCUCACUAUCAGCACGCCGGAUGUCCCACUGGACCUUCAGGAAGUUGAGAGCAAGAUCGAAGGUUUCAAGAGCUUCACCAAGAGGAUGGACGAGAACAGCGUAGUCGUGAACGCCACCAUCAACGAGUUCGCCCGCAAACAGAUUACAGGAUUCAAGAAGGAGUACCAGAAAGUCGGACAGUCCUUCAAACUCCUGUCACAGGCGUUUGAGCUGGACCAGCAGGCCUACUCAGUGGGUCUUAACAAGGCCAUCGCGUACACCGGUGAGGCCUACGAGGUGAUAGGAGACUACUUUUCUGAGCAGCCACGCCAGGAUCUGGAUCCUAUUUCUGAUCUGCUGGACCUGUACAGAGGACAUCUGGCCAAUUUUCCUGACAUCAUCCAUGUACAGAAAGGUGCGCUGACCAAGGUGAAAGACUGUCCAAAGCAGGAGGGUGAGCUCCACGACCGCUGCAACAUCAUCUCCUGCGCCACACUGGCGGAGAUCCAACACUUCCACCGCACACGCGUACGAGACUUCCGCUCGCAGAUGCAGCACCACCUCCGCCAGCAGAUCGGCUUCUUCCAGAAGAUCACCUCCAAGCUGGAGGACGCGCUCCAGAGGUACGACGAUGACCAGUAGGAAGGAAGGGAGAGAAGAGAGAAGUUGAGACUACAAAGGCUUUGAGGAAAUGGGGAGAAGCCUGAAAAAAAGGAAUGGACAGGAUGAUUGAUUGGUUCAACCUCCAGUAAUGGAGAACAUAUUAUCAUCCUUAAGAGAGAAAAACCUUGAGACUUGUGAUGUGAUGUAUCCUGGGCCUGGUACAAGUGUUAGAAGAAAUAUGCCACUCUAUAAAAAGAAAAAAUAUAUAUAGGCCACUAGACUGUGGAAUGACAACUUCUUGGAUUAUGUGGACAGUUCUGAUGAAUGUACCAGUAACAUGGAUUUCCUGACACUCCAGGCACAUCUUGUAACUCUGCAGGACUGCGACAGAUAUUGAAAACAGCUGCUCUCAGUAUGACAGGGCUGCCUCUCUGUUCCCGGUUUCAGGGUCAUGUGACAUAUCCAUGCCUCCGCUGCCUCACUGCUUCAAUCAGGAACACUUUUCUCCUGACAGAAAUGUAAAGAUGAAACUCACCAAAUCACUUUCACUUUGAAAGACUGGAUGAAAUCAAUUGAAUGAUUUUUGUUUUCUCAGUUUGUGUUUGCUUUUACUUGAAUGACCUGCUCAGUAUUUUUUGGAUGGGAUGUAAAAGUAUGCAAGUAUUUGUGAAUAUGGAGGCAAAGUGGGCAUAAUCUACUCUGUGUGAUAUUCAUUACAGUUAACCAUCUCUCACACACAACUCAGACAUUGUCACAUCAUUAAAACCGUUAAUUUUUGGAUUGUAGUUUGUGCUGCCUGACCUAACACAACAGUGGAUUCAGCUAAGGCUGAUUUUAU